GGUCAGCCAUUUUGGGUUGUUUGUUCAGCAGCGAACAAGUUGUUAUUUCAGACGACAAGGAACCGCAGGCCGAGAACAAAAAAACAGGAGACGAAACAACAUUUAUACAUACAUUAUUUAGUAUGGGGCCGCCAAGGAGCAAAAUUCGAUGUAUACUGAUUGAAAGAAUGGGGGAUUUCAGUUGGUUUGUCCGUUUAUCUUGACAUGGCUUGUACUAGGUGUGGGAGCUGACCAGCUAACGUAGCUAACGUUACUGAAAAAAAAAAAACAACAGAAGAAAACAAGUGUAACAAGCUAGCUAAGUUAGCUUGCUAGAUCAUAACUUGGCUUGCUAGCGAGUAAGUUGCCAACAAAACAGCACCGAGGACGCUUAGCCGCGGUAACUAUCUAUAUCAAGGUUGCUGUCCUUGUACGCAGUUAUCUUUAGUGUAACUCGUUUUAUUUUUUAAAUGGAGUGAAGCGCAGAUAGCUGGCUAGCUAGCUACGUGUACUAACCAUGGCUGUCGACAUACAAUAAAAACGUUUUUUAAAAUGGUAGCUAGCUUUCCGGCUAGCUGCAGUAAGUAGCUAGUUGAUAGUGUUGCUGGAUUGUGUGCAACGUUGUAGCUAACUGAGAAUGUAAAAACGGAGGACGUUAUUUUGGUAGGCCUCGAUUACGCCGAAUAAGAUAAGAUGUAGCUGGCUGGCUGGCUAGCUGGCUACAUUAGUUGCAGAGUAGCUAACGUUAUCCCGGGGCACUUCAAUAACGCCAUAGCUAUGACCGCUGAUGUUGGGGCAGUUUUAUUGCAAGAGAUCUCCGAAAUGGCUACUCGCUUUUCUUUUGUUUUUCUUGGGGUCAAACCCUCGAACCUGCGUUUACCAGUCGCGAUAUUCUGUACCCCCCAGCCUCGAAUGGUAACCCGUUCUUAAAACGGCCUCUCCAAAGAACUACAAACCAACAUGCCAACCAUGGACGAGGCUGGGAGAAAACCGACUUAGCUAGCCACGUGUAUUGUUUUAUUUUUGGUUUUGUAUUACGGUAACGUUAGCUAGCCAGCAAGCGGCUGGGUCAGCAUGCGUUUGGGGGCAUCAUGUAUUGUCAGUUGCAUUUUGUAUAGGAAUAAAUCGCAUCUUAAGUUUAGCUGACUUUUUCCUCUCUUGGUUAAAGUUGCCGUUUUUGUUAACCCUUGGUGAGACGGAGUAACCUUAGACUAAUAAAAUAGAGUAUUUUGGCUUAAAACUAACUCGAUCCGCCUAUUUUUGCAGCAUGAUCAUAACUAAUUAAAACCAAAUUAUUUCCCAAAAUGUAAUCCCUUCCCCUGCGCACCCUUGAGUCAAUAGAAAAUAAAAUGACUUAAGUUCUCAUCCGCCACUUUGUUUAGAGUUAGAGUAGCUAACGUUAUUCCAAUUAGCUUUUGUAGAAUUCUUUGCUUUGUCUUGUUUCCAAAAGGGAACUUCUCAUCCACACAAUGUGCUAGUUAGGGUUAAUUAAACGACAAAACUACAGAAGGAAAGCGAUAACCAUCUGUAUUUCACAAUGGGGGACCCAAACUCCCGAAGAAAACAAACAAUGAACAGACUACGUGCUCAGCUUCGGAAGAAAAAGGAGUCUCUUGCUGACCAGUUUGAUUUUAAGAUGUACAUCGCUUUCGUGUUCAAGGAAAAGAAGAAGAAAUCUGCACUUUUCGAAGUAGCUGAAGUGGUACCAGUGAUGACCAAUAACUACGAAGAGAAUAUUAUUAAAGGCGUGCGGGAUUCCAGCUACUCGUUAGAAAGUUCACUAGAACUGCUGCAGAAGGACGUGGUACAAUUACAUGCCCCUCGCUACCAGUCGAUGCGUAGGGAUGUCAUAGGAUGCACCCAGGAGAUGGACUUCAUCCUCUGGCCACGCAAUGACAUUGAGAAGAUAGUCUGUCUUCUGUUCUCUAGAUGGAAGGGUUCUGAAGAUGAACCUUUUCGGCCUGUUCAGGCCAAGUUUGAAUUUCAUCACGGAGACUACGAGAAGCAGUUCUUGCACGCCGUGAGCCGAAAGGACAAGGCAGGAAUGGUCAUGAACAACCCCAGUCAGUCUGUGUUCCUCUUUAUGGACAGACAGCACUUACAGACUCCAAAAACCAAGGCCACCGUUUUCAAGUUGUGCAGCAUCUGCCUCUACCUGCCACAGGACCAGCUGACCUCCUGGGGCAUGGGUGGCAUCGAGGACCACCUCCGUCCGUACAUGCCAGACUAGAGUCUCCGCUAAGCCACGCAGGGAAGAUGGCCCAAUAAUCACUGCAGCAAGCUCGCCUCCUCGCCUUCAGAUCCUUUCAUUGAAUACCAGUGAACUUGUACUUGGAACACUCCCUUUGUGUUAAUCUUCUCAUUUUCACCAUGGAUUUUAUUUUAUUCGCUCACUUCAUUUGUUCAUUCGUUCAUUUUCUUUUUCUUAUCCAUGAAUUUUGGUUUAAUUUUGCACUGAUUUUUGUGAUUAUCAUGAUUGUAAAUUACCGAGCUGACAGGAGACAUGCUAUACAGGGCUUUUUAAGUCAUCACUCAAAUCUGUAAUGAGGGAGGGCAGGUGAGUUUUAGAGGACUGUCUUACGAUCAACUCUGUUCAAUAUUAAAGAAAAAAAGAAAAAAAAAGUGAAAAAUUCUUGUCAACGGUCAAACUGUAGGUACCACUUGGUCUUUUUCCCAGUUGACACAUUUUCAGUUUUGCUGGAUCUCAUUUUUUGGGGUAUCUCCCUGCUUUGGCUAAGACUUAUAUAAUUUUUUUUUGUUUUUUUUUGGAGAUUUCUAAAAGUUUAUCCCUGGCAGACCCAAGGUAAGACCUGGCGCAUGAAUAGCUCAAAGGAAAGUUUGAAAUUGUGAUGCAGAACUGCAAAAAUAUGCUAGAAAUAGUUUUUGGUGCAUAAGACACAUUGAUGGCACACAAGCAAUUCAUGCACUGUAUUCUGGCUACCAGGAAACAUUUUAAUGUGGGGACGUGUGGUGUUCUAUAUGGGGGGAGUUUAAAAAGGGGUAGCACAUGUAACUAGGAAAUAAAACUGGGGUGAUAAAUUUCUGGAACUGUAUUUGCUUUUUUGUUUGCUUUUGGGGACAGAUGGAAAUGUUGGUUACUUGUUGUUUUGGAGCUUUGUUGGAGGGCAAGUAUUUGUAAGCUUAAUUUACUGGAUACAAGGCACAUCUGCAAUUUUCUUUGCCUUGAUAAAUCAAUUAAAACCUGAAUUUAAAGCAGA